GGAUUUGAAAAGAAAAUGCCUGGUGUCAUACCCAGUGAAAGUAAUGGGCUUUCAAGAGGUAGUCCAUCCAAAAACAGACUUUCUUUGAAAUUUUUUCAGAAAAAGGAAACUAAGAGAGCCUUAGAUUUCACAGAUUCUCAAGAAAAUGAAGAAAAAGCUUCUGAAUAUAGAGGAUCAGAAAUUGAUCAAGUUGUUCCUGCAGCACAGUCCUCACCUAUAAACUGUGAGAAGAGAGAAAACUUGUUACCAUUUGUGGGACUGAAUAAUCUCGGCAAUACUUGUUAUCUUAAUAGUAUACUUCAGGUAUUAUAUUUUUGUCCUGGUUUUAAGUCUGGAGUGAAGCACUUAUUUAAUAUUAUUUCAAGGAAGAAGGAAGCUCUAAAGGAUGAAGCCAAUCAAAAAGAUAAGGGAAAUUGCAAAGAAGAGUCUUUGGCAAGUUAUGAACUUAUAUGCAGUUUACAGUCCUUAAUCAUUUCAGUAGAACAGCUUCAGGCUAGUUUUCUCUUAAAUCCAGAGAAAUAUACUGAUGAACUUGCUACCCAGCCAAGGCGACUGCUUAACACACUCAGGGAACUGAACCCUAUGUAUGAAGGAUAUCUACAGCAUGAUGCACAGGAAGUACUACAGUGUAUUUUGGGAAACAUUCAAGAAACAUGCCAACUUCUAAAAAAAGAAGAAGUAAAAAAUGUAGCAGAAUUAUCGACUAAGGUAGAAGAAAAACCUCACCAGAAAGAGGAAAUGAGUGGAAUUAGCAGCAUGGAGACUGACAGUAUGAGGAAUUCUGAAGACCAUAAAGAAAAACUCCCAAAAGGGAAUGGAAAAAGAAAAAGUGACACAGAAUUUGGUAACACAAAGAAAAAAGUUAAAGUAUCUAAGGAACACCAGUCAUUGGAAGAGAAUCAGAGACAAACAAGGUCAAAAAGAAAAGCUACUGGUGAUACAUUAGAGAUUCCUCCUAAAGUAAUCCCCAAGUGUGUUUCUGAAAAUGAGAGUGCAAGACUCUCACAAAGGAAAUCAAGAGUUAAAAUAAAUUGGUUAAAGUCUGCAACUAAGCAACCCAGCAUUCUUUCGAAAUUCUGUAGUCUGGGGAAAAUAACAACAAGCCAAGGAUCCAAAGGACAGUCUAAAGAAAAUGAGUAUGAUCUUGAGGAGGACUUGGGGAAGUGUGAAAUUGAUAACACAGCUAAUGGUUGUGGACUUGAAUCUCCAGGAAAUAAUGUUAAACCUGUAAAUGUUAAUGAAGUUAAGUCCAUAAACAAAGGUGCAGAGCAAAUUGGUUUUGAGCUAGUGGAGAAAUUAUUUCAAGGUCAGCUUGUAUUAAGGACUCGUUGUUUGGAAUGUGAAAGUUUAACAGAAAGAAGAGAAGAUUUUCAGGACAUCAGUGUGCCAGUACAAGAAGAUGAACUUUCCAAAGUAGAGGAGAAUUCUGAAAUUUCUCCAGAGCCAAAAACAGAAAUGAAGACCUUGAGAUGGGCAAUUUCACAAUUUGCUUCUGUGGAGAGGAUUGUAGGAGAAGAUAAAUAUUUCUGUGAAAAUUGCCAUCAUUAUACUGAAGCCGAAAGAAGUCUUUUGUUUGAUAAAAUGCCUGAAGUUAUAACUAUUCAUCUGAAGUGCUUUGCUGCUAGUGGCUUGGAGUUUGAUUGUUAUGGUGGUGGACUUUCCAAGAUCAACACUCCUUUAUUGACACCUCUUAAAUUGUCACUAGAAGAAUGGAGCACAAAGCCAACUAAUGACAGCUAUGGAUUAUUUGCAGUUGUGAUGCAUAGUGGCAUUACAAUUAGUAGUGGGCAUUACACUGCUUCUGUUAAAGUCACUGACCUUAAUAGUUUAGAACUAGAUAAGGGAAAUUUUGUGGUUGACCAGACGUGUGAAAUAGGUAAGCCAGAACCAAUGAAUGAGGAGGAAGCAAGGGGUGCAGUUGAAAAUUAUGAUGAUGAAGAAGUGUCAAUUAGAGUUGGUGGAAAUACACAGCCAAGUAAAGUUUUGAACAAAAAAAAUGUAGAAGCUAUUGGACUUCUUGGAGGACAAAAGAGCAAAGCAGAUUAUGAGCUAUACAACAAAACAUCUAAUCCUGAUAAGGUUGCCAGUACAGCAUUUGCUGAAAAUAGAAAUUCUGAGACUAACAAUACUAAUGGGACCCAUGAAUCUGAUAGAAACAAGGAAUCCAGUGACCAAACAGGCAUUAACAUUAGUGGAUUUGAGAACAAAAUUUCAUAUGUAGUGCAAAGCUUAAAGGAAUAUGAAGGGAAGUGGUUGCUUUUUGAUGAUUCUGAAGUGAAAGUUACUGAAGAGAAAGACUUGAAUUCUCUUUCCCCAUCUACAUCUCCUACAUCUACUCCUUACUUGCUAUUUUAUAAGAAAUUAUAGAGUGAGUGUAUUUUCCUUGUGUAUAUAUUAAACAGACCUGGACAAACAUUGGUAAAGUCAA